AUGAACGAUAGGUUUAUUGUGAAAAUUUAUNAAUUUCGAUGUGAUAAUGGUCAAUGUAUUGAUAAGUUAUUUUUGCAUGAUAAUAUUAAUCCUCAUUUUGAAUGUCUCGAUCAAUCAGAUGAAAAAGAAGAUUUACGACCUUCUCAUCAAUUCAUAACUGAACCUAUAUUUGCCAAUGAAGAUAUUAUUUGCCCGCGAAAUCCUCCUUUAGAAAUGAAAUUUACCAGUUCAUGUUUACUAUCACGUGAUACUUUACUAAGACAAACAUUAUUUUCCACUAAACCAAAUAAUUUAUCAGACGAUUGUUGGGACGCAUUAUUCUGCCUCUUACGCUUACCAGAUCCAUGGAAUCCAACAUGUCGUGCCCUUUGUUCUGAAAUACCAUGUGAAGACAUAAUCAAUAUGACAUGUCCGAGUAUGAUACAUGUACCAGCGAAACCGAUUGCCUUUGGUCAUAUCUAUGUUGUUUACGAUAAAGAGCAAACUAUUAAGCAGCAACGUGGUAUCAUAUCACCACACUAUAUUUGUUAUGAUGAUCGGUUGUGCAACGGAUUCCUCUCGAACAAAUCAUUAUUUUCAUACAACGGUAAAACAUGUCGCCGACCAGAAGAUUUUCCUUUGAACUAUUCUUCAUCAGGCCCUGGUCGAGAUAGUUGGUUAAAUGCUUUUAUUUUACCAAUUAUCAGGCAACUAAGUCAAUGCAAUACAAUAUUAUACAAAGAUCCAACAAUUUGUAACGAACAAGAUUUCUAUCAAUGUUGGAACUCAUCUAAAUGCAUUGCAAAACAUCGAUUAUGUGAUAAUAGAACGGACUGUGAUUAUGGGGAUGAUGAAAAAUGUAGUAUAAUCAAUAAUUCUAAUUCAAUAUAUAGUACAAAUAUGCUAUCAGUGAGGCAUCAUAUUUCAUUUCCUACUAUAUGUGAUGGUUUCACAGAACUAUUACCCAUUCUUAUCGAUGGACGUAAUGACACAGACGAAACAGAAUGUGAAUAUUGGCCAUGUAAUAAUUCAUAUACACGUUGUGAUGGUUUUUGGAAUUGUUUGAAUGGAGCAGAUGAAGUCGACUACAAAUCGAUUUAUGUGUUUACCAUUAAAAAAAGCCCAUCAUUNAUUUCUCGACAUAUUCAUUUUAAUUCCCAACAUUGUCAUCGUGGUCUAUCUUUAACCGUUUGGUUAGAUCAUCAACAUAAUAUAACAACUAAAACUUGUCUUUGUCCGCCUAGUUUCUAUGGAAAUAAAUGUCAAUAUCAAAAUCAACGUGUUAGUCUUACAUUAAAAUUUCAUACGUAUUCCGAUUCACGACGUACAACGUUUCUUGUCAAUGUUUUACUUAUGGAAGAUAGUCAAGAACGAUUAAUUCAUUCACAUCAACAAUUUAGUUAUUUAUACGUACGAGAUUGUAAAACGAAAUUCAAUGUGUAUUUGUUAUAUUUAUCGCGACCAAAAGAUCCAAAUAAAACCUAUUUUAUACAUAUCGAUCUUUAUGAAAAGAUUUCACAUACAUAUCGAGGUAGUUUUAUGAUACCAUUGAAAUUUUCUUUUCUACCUGUACAUCGUGUAGCAGUACAACUUAAUAUUCCGCGUACAUAUGAUGAUAUAGAAACUUGUUCAAUUCUUCGAUGCGUUCAUGGACGAUGUAUUAAAUACACUGAUUCAUCUAAUGGUAACAGCUUUUGUCUUUGUGAUCGUGGAUGGUCUGGUCGUUAUUGUACGAUUUCAUAUCAUUGCACAUGUUCAUCUGAUUCAUUGUGUAUUGGUAUCUUGCCAAAUAAUCAAUCAUUAUGUAUUUGUCCACACAAUAGAUGGGGCUCAAAGUGUCAUUUUUCUACUACGAUGUGCCGUAGUGAACAGAAUAAUACAUGUCAAAAUGGUGGUCAAUGUAUAUCAACUGAUCCACAUGUAAUGUCGAAGAAAACAAUCAAAUGUAUUUGUCCCAUAGGUUUUACUGGAGACCGAUGUGAAAUCUCAGAUAACAGAAUUAUUAUCACAUUCGAUAAAAAAAUACGUUUACCAGACAAAAUUCUUAUUCAUUUUUUGCAAAUAUUUGAUAAUCGUCCACCGGAGUAUGGUAACACUUUUAAAGCAAUACCUCUCUAUCAAAAUAAUAUUACAAUCCAUUGGUCACGUCCGUUUCAUUUGAUUUUUCUUAAAGUUUUUCAUGAUUACUAUCUACUUCUCGCACAAAAAAUCUACGAAAAAUCAACAAUUAAUCACCGAAUUCUUCGAACAACAGAUCGUUGUCCACAUAUAAAUGAAUUAUUAAAUGAAACAAUCGCUCAUUAUCAUUUAAUUCGUCGUAUUAAAUAUUAUCAUAUACCAUGUCAAAUUUCUUCACAUCAAUACUCUUGUUUCUACGAUGAGAAUCACUUUUGUUUAUGUCAAAAUUAUGGAAAAGAACGUCUUGCAAAUUGUUUCGAAUUUAAUUCAUCAAAAAAAUUUGAUUGUUCUGGUCAAAGUAAUUGUGAAAAUGAAGCAGAGUGUCUACAAGAUAGUACCACAUGUCCACAAACAUCAAUCUGUGUUUGUCCAAGAUGUUUUUAUGGAACACGAUGUCAGUUUAAUUCACGUGGAUUUGGUCUUUCACUUGAUGCUAUUUUGGGUUAUCAUAUUCAACCAAGUUUAAAUAUAAGUUCUCAACCAUUUAUUGUUCAAUUUAGUUUAAUAUUAACGAUGAUUAUGAUGAUUAUUGGAUUAAUCAAUGGUAUUUUAUCUUUACUGACAUUUAAUACAAAAGAAAUACAUCAAAUUGGUUGCGGAAUUUAUUUGAAAAGUUCAUCGAUUUCGACGAUAUUGACAGCAAUUUUGUUCACAUUAAAGUUUUGGAUACUUUUUCUUACACAAAUAAGAAAUAGAAAUCGAAUUUUUUUAAAAUUUCAAUGUAUUACAAUGGAUUUUUUCGUGCAAAUCUCUUUGAAUAUCAAUCAAUGGUUAAAUGCUUGUGUAGCAGUUGAACGAGCAAUAAUGACAAUUAAUGGAACAUCAUUUAAUCAAAAGAAAAGUAAACAAAUAGCAAAAUAUCUUACGAUGUUUGUGAUUUUCUUGAAUAUAAUUACAACUAUUCAUGAUCCGAUUUAUCGUCGGGUGAUUGAUGAUGAUGACGAUGACGACGAAACGAAGAAACGAAUCUGGUGUACCGUUCUUUAUCCAUCUUCGGUGCAAAAAUUUAAUACAAUUAUGAAUUUAUUUCAUUUUUUAGUGCCAUUUUUUAUUAAUUUUAUGUCUGCUUCGAUCAUUAUGAUCCUGAUAGCCCGUCAGAAAAAAUCUGUUAAUACAAAAGAAGGCUUUUAUGAACAAUUGAAAAAAGAAUUUCUACAACAUCGUCAUUUGAUUAUUACAUCAAUCGUUUUAGUUAUAUUAGCUAUACCACGAUUAAUUUUUUCUUUUGUUUUUGGUUGCAUGAAAUCUAUCAGUGAACCAUGGCUAUUUUUAAUCGGAUAUUUUAUCUCUUUCAUACCAUCUAUGUUAACAUUUAUAGUAUUUGUUCUGCCAUCUACAACUUAUAAGCAACAUUUCAAGAAGAUAUGUGACCGAUAUAAAAACAAUAUUCAGAGACGAUUAUGUGGUCAAAAUUAA